AUUGCAUUGCUGGACGGACCUGUGAACGUCGGGAUUCCUGCUCUGACCUCUGCAUCUACAGCGGCCUGGACUGCGGCUCCUAUAACGAUCCCUCAUUCCCGUGGCCGAGGCAGUAGCUCACACCUGGGCGCCAUUGGGCCUCGCCAAUUCUCUCUCGAGAGGUCAAGACUUUUCCCCGCCACAGCCAGGCUCUACCUGUGCAUAGAGCGUACUAGGAUACACCGGGGCUCGAGGCAGAAGUCCAAAUAGCUCCUCAAGAGCUUGGUCCGGGCGGUGCGCUACAGCCCGCGGGACUCCUGACUGAUCUGGGGAGCGAAACCGAGCCUUGAACUUACAGGGCCCUUGGCAAGGGACGAGCUUGGUUGGAUCCUCAUACCUAAUGAUGUCCCAGCGCACGGCCGGUCCGGCGUCGAGGACAUUUCUGUCUCGAUGCCGGUGUAAUGAGAUCAACAGCGUCUUCCUAAGGCAGACUCGACGCCAUGUCUCGUCAAAGAACUCCAAACCAAAACCACAGCAGCCGGCCAGGAGCAAGCCGCUGCCAUACAAGCCUUCAGCUCAACCACCACCGUCCUCGGCCACCUCGUCUCCAACCUCUGGCAGCAGCGGCUCAGAAGCCCAGCCGGUGUCCGACCUCGUCAGGCAGCGCUGGCUGCCCAUCUUCGGCAUGGGCGCCAUGGCGCUCGUCCUCGGCUCCGUCUUCGCCUCGGGCGUCUACCACUGGCGCAACGACGAGGUGGUCCGCUACCCUCCCGGGAGGGAGCCCCAGGUGCCCACAGGCAGAGCCAGCAUCCAGUCCCCCGUCGAGUUUGACCUGCACCUCGACAAGUCCGAGUGGCGGCUCGGCAUCACCAAGCUCCGCCGCCGGCUCGCAGAGCAGGCGCACGGGCACGUCCUCGAGGUUGCCAUCGGCGCCGGGCGGAACCUCGAGCACUACGACUGGGAGCCCGUGACGGAGGCGCUGCUCAGCCCGGCCGAGCGGACCAAGCUGCGCGUGGCGCGGAACGACUGGACCGGGAUGAAGCGAGACAAGACUGCUGGAGGAGGAGCCGGCGACCAGGCUGGCAGCGUCACGCCGCCGCCGCCACCACCACCAAAGGGAGUCCUAAGCUUCACAGGCAUCGAUAUUUCGCCGGCCAUGCUCGACAUUGCGAUGAAGCGCAUGCGUUCCGUGGUCCCGCACCUCGCCGAGCGCGGCGAGCUACCCGCCAAGCCCGUCUGGACGCUGUUCUCGCAGCACGCGACCAAGUCCGCUGCUGCUGAUACAUCCGGCCACACCGCCACCAAGGGCACCGGUGGUGGUGGUGGUGGUGUGGAAGCGACCUACGCGCUCCUCGACGACAAGAUCCGGAUCAUGCAGUGCGACGCGCAGACCACCAUGCCUCCUCCUCCUCCAUCAUUGCCAUCCCGUGAUUCUUCCUCCUCCUCUUCUUCUUCCUCUUCCAGGCCCCCCAAAUACUACGACACGAUAGUGCAGACCUUUGGCCUAUGCUCCGUCCGCGACCCCGUGGGCCUGAUCGCCAACAUGUCGACCCUCGUCCGCCCGGGCACGGGCAGGAUCAUCAUGGUCGAGCACGGCCUGAGCUGGUGGGAGCUCAUCAACGGCCUGCUGGACCGCAGCGCCCGGGGCCACUUUGAGCGCUUCGGGUGCUGGUGGAACCGCGACAUCGAGGUCAUUGUGCGCGACGCGGUCCGGCAAGUCCCGGGCCUCGAGAUUGUCGCGCUCGAGAGGCCCGGCUGGCUCACGGGCGGGACGCACCUGUGGGUCGAGCUGAGGAUGGCUUCUUCGUCAUCUUCUUCUGGUGGUGGUGGUGCUGGUGGUGUGGUGGGGGGGAACCCGGCGGCAGAUAACACAAAGAUGGACGGAUGGUUCGGGCUCGGCUCCUUCAUGACGGUCAAGAAGAAGAAGGAGGAAGCAGGGUCUCAGCAACAAGCCACCACCACCGCCACCACUACUGUCGAACAGGACGUGACAAAGGACACUAAUACCAAGGGUAAAUGA